ACUCUCUCUAUCAUCACAGUCAACAGAAUGGUGCAGAAUACUGCUAAGCUCGGCGGUACCGCCUCCAAUGUUACGGUCGCCAAAGUCGCGCAUGGGCUCAUGAUGAUGACAUGGAGGGGAGGUUCGGCACCUGUCCCAGACGAGCAAUGUUUUGAAGCAAUCAAGGCGGGCGUCGACGCUUUGCCUCCGGGUACUAAGAUGCUCAUCAACAGUGGCGAGUUCUACGCGAACGACUUGGGGACCGGGAACCUUGAGCUUGUGGCAAGGUUCUUCGCCAAGUAUCCAGAAUAUGCCGACAAGACGUUCUUGUCUGUUAAGGGCGCUAUUAAUCGUACUAACAUGGCGCCGGACUCUUCGCCUGAGAAUCUCCGCGCGAGCGUGGAUAACAUCAAUGCCGCCCUCCGUGGCACUAAGAAGCUUGAUCUUUUUGAAUGUGCACGCGUCGACCCCAAGCAUCCGAUCGAGGAGGUGAUCAAGACUCUUGCGGGCCUCAUUAAGGAGGGCAAGUUCGAUCACAUUGGCAUGUCCGAAUGCAGCGCUGCUACGCUCAGGAAGGGGCACGCCGUGCACCCUAUCACUGCCGUGGAGAUAGAGGUCAGCCCGUGGUCAUACGAGGAAGAGACCAAGAAGGUCAUCGCAACAGCGGGUGAACUCGGCAUCUCCGUGGUGGCCUAUUCUCCACUAGGCAGAGGCUUUUUGACUGGCCAGAUCAAGAGCCUGAGCGACCUUCCUGAGGCCGAUGCGCGUCGCAGACUCACUCGCUUCCGUGAGGAGUACUUCAGCCACAACAUAGCCUUCGUGAAGACACUCGAGUCUAUCGCCCAGAAGAAGGGAAUUACCCCCGCUCAGCUUUGCAUCGCCUGGGUCGGGGCCCUGGGCCCGCACGUGUUCCCUCUCCCUGGCUCAUCGCACAAGAAGCGUACCUUAGAGAACUCAGGAGGUGGCGACGUAGUUUUGACUGAGCAAGACUUGACAGAGAUCAACGACGCGAUCAGUAACUUCGAGGUGAAGGGCGAUCGCUACUUCGGCAACCCUGAGGCGGCGCACCUGUGGGGAUGAGCGCAUGUACUCACGAUGAGUCGGAUGUAGCAUGGAGCAGUUUGUACCAGCGAGUAACGUAAAGAAUCGAGAUUGUUGACUUGAAAUAUAGCGACGAAAUCCUCUCAAAAA